GGCGCAUCAGUCCUUUCUCUGUCAGAGCUGUCCAAGACUCCCCUCCAAAAUGGUCUUUCCACCCCUCCGCUUCCCUCAUCAGAGGCUUCCAGUACCCGUCUCUCUCCUCCCAAUGUUUCUGCUCUCUUGGAUAUUUCUCUUCCUGGACCACCCGAAGAUGUGCUUUCUCAAGGAGAACCUGCCACUCAAAUCAGUGAUUCUAUCAUUGAAAUAGCUAUCAGCUCUGGUCAAUACAGUGAAGGUGUUUCUCUCUCUCCUGCAAAGCUGAAUGGCAGUGACAGCUCCAAAAGUCUUCCGUCCCCAUCCAGUAGUCCUCAACAGAACUGGAUUGCAUCUCCCAGCCAUGAUCCCCAGUGGUACCCCAAUGACUCCACAGACUCGUCUCUCAGCAGCUUGUUUUCAAGUUUCAUCUCCCCUGAGAAGGGACGAAAAAUGCUGCCAACUCCUGUUGGGACUGCCAGUGGCACCUCCUUAUUGGGACCCAGCCUUCUGGAUGGAAACUCACGGGACUCUUUUGUGUCACGAUCUCUGGCAGAUGUAGCAGAGGUGGUGGAUUCCCAGCUGGCUUGCAUGAUGAAUGAGAACAGUAUAGAUUACAUAUCUCGUUUUAAUGACCUUGCCCAGGAACUAUCAAUACCUGAGCCAACCCGCAGGGAAAUUCUGUUUGAUGGAGGAGGUGGUGGUCCCCCAAUUGGGGAUCUCUCACAGUGAGUGUGUGAGACCAGCAGGCUGGUGUAGACCGUUCAGCUAAAGUUGGAGCUUGCAGCACUGGAUCAUGGCAAGGGCAGGUUGUAGAGAAGCAGCUGAGGCUCAGUUGUCCCUGUCUUGUGCGCUGUUUUCUAAAAGAGAAGCAUUAUCUUCAGAGGUCUGAAGAAGUACCAGCAAGUCCUGGAAUGUGCAAUAUAGUGGGAACAACAAAACAUGGAAUAGUAUUAUAGGAAAUGGUGUGUCCCCUGCAUCAGUGAUACAAGAGGGCAGGUUUAUGGGACAGUCCUGGACUUGUACUUUGGAAUGGCCUAAGCAAGAAGCUCAAGCAGGGAAGGGUAUUGCCAGAAGCUCCCCUACGUGAAUUCUUUUUUGCGUAGUGAUCAGAAUGCCAUGAUUUGGGAUCCACAUAGAAGUUGUGGAGGAUGAAGGGUGGGGGUGGGUAUGGGAAUCAUUUUGCAUCGUGACGUGUCCUAGUUGGCACUCUCUUAAUCA